GUGAUGAAGAGGAUGUGUGGAAGAGUGAAGGACUGGAAAGUGGAUGGCACAGCACAAGUGCAGUGUCAGGGAGCAGACUCUGUCGUUGAGGCCUAACCAGCUCUGGUAGUCGGGGUAGUCGCCUCUGCUCAGGACGUACUGGUAGCCCAUGUAGUUCGGCCUCUCGUAGAUCACCCAGGUCCCGCUCUCCACUUGGGCCGAGUUGCAGCGACUCAGGGGAAACGUUGGGGAACAUUCACAUUCUCUCAGGCUGGAUUCACUCGUUUUCACCAAUGGAUGGAGUUUAUUUCCCAGAGAGCACGGUGACUUCUUAAAAACUUCACGCUCUGUGCUGGGUGCUCCUGCUGCAGUUCUCAGGGGCAUGGAGCAGCGCGGAGGUGCAGGCGGGGGAACGGAGAGCCCCAGCCUUCGAGACAGCACCAGCCCAGAGGAGAGAGGGGAGAGCCCCGCUUCUAGUGGCCCCCCGGCGUGCAAGUCGAACCGCCUGGAGGUCAACGGCAGCCCAGCAGCUCCAAGGAUCAGACAGAACGGCACGUCGCUGAGACCAUUAGGAGGUCUGAUGAUCCCAGUCUACUGUGUGGUGGAGCACGCAGACGUAGGCGUAGCCGGUGACUAUGAGGGGCACGGCGACCGUCACGCUGAAUUUGUGUUGGUUCAUAAGGAUGUCCUCUUCACGCAGCUGGUGGAGACGGCACUGGUCGCCCUGGGAUACUCACACAGCUCAGCUGUACAGGCAAGUGGUAUCAUCAAAGUGGGCCGGUGGAAGCCGAUGCCCAUCCACUACCUGACAGAUGCUCCGGAGGCAACAGUGGCUGACAUGCUGCUGGACGUUUACCACAUGGUCACGCUGCGGAUCCUUCUGCACAGCUUUGCACGGCUUGAGGAGCUGCCGUCAGAGCAGUGGACCCACGCCACAGUGAGGAACGCCCUCAAAGAGCUGCUCAGAGAGACCAACCAGAGCGCGCUGGCCAAGGAGUGUCCUCUCUCGCAGAGUAUGAUCUCAGCGAUAGUGAACAGUUCCUACUAUGUCAACGUCUCCACCUCUAAAUGCCAGGAGUUUGGACGCUGGUACAAGAGGUACAAACGCAUGAAAGGUGAAUACAUUGAGAAGAUGUGGUCAGUACAGGACAAAUCUGAUAUUAAAGUGGAGAGGGAUCUGGACCUGAGCAUCCUCAGCCAGCGUCCUCCUUCUCUCUUACCCUCCCCCACCCAAGUGGGCGCCCUGGGCAGCCCUGGAGCUCUGUCCAUCAAGAGUGGCCUCGGGGACACUCAGACCUCCACCCAGCCUCACUGUCUGCCUCACCCCGCCAGCCAGCACCACACCAGUACACCACUGCGUCCCCAGGGUCCACCUCUCCUGGGCCACAGUGGGCUCCUGUCCCCCCAGCUCUCCCCUCAGCUCGUCCGUCAGCAGCUCGCCAUGGCCCACCUCAUCAACCAGCAGCUCGCCGUCAGCCGCCUGCUCGCACACCAGCACCCACAGGGAGUCAACCAGCAGUUCCUCCACCACCCGCCUAUCUCACGGACCUGCAAGGGCCCCGGAGGUGCUGCUGAGCCCGGCCUCAACUGCUCAGGGGCCGAAGUCUCCUCCAGCAUUUACCAGCAAGUCAGAAACGAGCUGAAGAGGGCCAGCAUUUCUCAGGCCGUGUUCGCACGUGUGGCUUUUAACCGUACACAGGGUCUGCUGUCAGAGAUCCUUCGUAAGGAGGAGGAUCCACGCUCGGCCUCACAGUCGCUGCUGGUCAACCUGAAGGCCAUGCAGAAUUUCCUCAACCUGCCAGAGGGCGAGCGGGACCGCAUCUACCAGGAGGAGAGAGAGCGGAGCACCAACUCCAACCACAACCUCUCCAGCAACCACAUCUCCAGCAGCAACACACACAGACACCCACAGACAAAGUGCAACAUGUCUGCUGCGGAGCUGCCGCUGAAGCUGGAGUCGCUGGUGAACAUCUCGUCAGGGAUCUAUGACGAGAUCCAGCAGGAGAUGAAGAGGGCGAAGGUCUCCCAGGCGCUGUUUGCCAAGGUGGCUGCCAAUAAAAGUCAGGGCUGGCUGUGUGAGCUGCUCAGGUGGAAAGAGAGCCCGAGCCCGGAGAACCGCACACUGUGGGAGAACCUGUGCACCAUCAGGAGGUUCCUGGCUUUAUCGCAGGCCGACAGAGAUCAGGUCUACGAGGAGGAGUCAAGGCAACAACACAGCGAAAGGCACCACACCGUCCUGCACGUCCCAGACCAGCAGGUGAUCCACAGACAGCCCCUGCCACCUCUGACCACUCCAUCUCCGGUUCAUGAAGACCCUCAGCCCAUCCCGUUGCUGGUCUUGCAUGGCUCAGAAGACACGCCCCAGCGUGGGAUGAGCCCCGGCCUUGGAGGGGGAGGAGCAAAGAAGGCCCGCUCACGGACACGGAUUUCCCUCGAGGCUCUGGGAAUCCUGCAGAGCUUCAUCGGCGAUGUGGGGCUUUACCCCGACCAGGAGGCCAUCCACACCCUGUCGGCCCAGCUGGAUCUACCCAAACACACCAUCGUGAAGUUCUUCCAGAACCAGCGCUACAACGUCAAGCACCACAACCAGGUCAGAGAGCCCGUUCCCGGGGAGGACGACAGGGAGAGCUUGAGUCCCAGCGAGGGCGGCGUCUGCACAGUGGAGAGUCGAGGGGAGGAGGGCCUCUCUGCGUCUGAGGAGUCGAGCGAGGACGGGAGAGGAUCAGUGGAGGCGUUCAGAACAGAGGGAGGAGACAGAGGAGAAGAAAGAGAUGUGGAAAUGGAGACAGAGAAGGAAGAAGGGGAUGAUGGGAAAGCCUCAGGGCCAGCGACUUCCUCCCUGUCCCCCUACAGCAGCCUGGACAGCCCCCACUCUGCAGAGCAGCAGAGAUAACAGCAGAGAAACAAGAACUGGAUGGAAGCAAAGGACAGCGUCAAACUGUGAAGCCCACACACAGACAACCUGUGAAUAAACACACUCUAUCACCUUUACCAGAGCUGAUCAUCAGAGCUCGUUAAUAUCUGAAGAACUGUGGAAACAUAUUUAAGUAAGUUUGACUGAAAAGGGAUCCAAAGGUACGACCACUACCUACAGAUACUUCCAGUAUUUUUAGUUUGAUGCUGCCUGUAAAAGACAAAAACACAUUUCCUCCUGAGUUUUCUUUUCUUUAGUGAGGAUGGGAACACAUUUCAAACUGCUUUAAAUCAUCAUGACAGCAUACUGAAAAAACAACAAAUUCCCUAAGUUAUAUUAGUUCCUUCAACGUGGCACCCUAAGAAAAUGUCCAGAACACCUCUGUUAGCUUUACAGGUGACUGUAAGAAGACUCCUGCAGCACAAUCCACGUCUUUCACAGUUCUGUCUGUUACUGAUGCUGCAUUUCCACUGAACGGUUUGGCUUGACUCGACUCGACUCACUGGUUUGGUACCAGAUUCUUUUCUCUGUUUCGUUUUCCACUUGUUGCCCCCUCAGUGGAGGCAGGAUUCAGCAUAGCGACACCAUGUGAAACCACCAUGACACCAUUUUUAAAGUGUCAGUCACUGGAUUCUUUCAUCAGCAACCUAACAGAGACAUGUUUGUCAAUUGUACGAUGUAGUGUCUGCAGUGUAAGGCGUAGUUUUGCGGGCUGCCACUUUUUAAAAUAUGGGUCAAAAAAGUUGCGAUUGAUAUUCACGGUAGCUUGGCAAGGAUGUUUUUCUUUGGCUGUAAAGUAGUUCCAGCACUUUUUUAAUGACACAAUACCCAUGGUGUUUGUUCCAAUGACAACAAUAUCUUGACGCUAGCUAGAUAGCUAACCUAACACUACGUUAUAAGGUUUGACUACACAGUUAACAUCCAGUUUACAACAUGUACAGUGAUAAAAGCAAGACUCACCAGCAACAUCCAGUGUCCGGCUGAUCUGCUCCCAAAAAUAGGCUUUUCUGUCUUUAUUGUGAUAGUUUCUGACAUAUCAAACAGCUCGAGUUAGUAUGUAGCUAAAGGAGCAGCAGUGACGACACCAACGCCUUUCUGAAAAGUUCAGAGAUUUUGAAUCAGAAGCAUUCAGAGCAGCCGCACAAAAAAGCCAGAGCGCACUGAAAAAAACACACUGGGUGUGGUGCUUUUUCUCUAGAUGGCUGCACAGUCUCUCAUCAUUAAACAAUUGAAAAAAGACACUGGCACUCAGACAAAAAUGGUAUGUGGACACAACCAAACUCAGUUUUUCAGCUCGGCUCGCUUGGGACCUUUGUCAAGGUGGUACCAAAAAAGUACCAGGUACUAUGCACAACUUUUGCAAGUGGAAAACAGAAUAAGAGCGAGUCGAGUUGUACCGUGCGCUGGAAAUACGACAUAUGAACACGGCUUCCUUUACAGUCACCAUAUAAAUGCAAUGGUGUAACAUGGACGCUGUGUAUUUUGAUGAAUGGAUACAGAUUAAAAGCACGGACAGAGGAGAAGUGGAUUACACUGCAGGAGUGGUUUGAGAAGUUUCUAAUCGUCAGCCACCUUUUAAGCUAACAAGGAGUUUGUUUAUUUAUGUAUGUUUUUGUUUAUUGUAUUUUCAGGUUAAGUUUUCAAUACUCAUAAGAGUUUGGUGACUUUUUCUCUUAAAGCAGGAGGUUUCACAGUGAGUGUUAAAGGGUAACUUUGGUAUUUUUAAAACUUGGAUUUUCCCAUGUCUUUGUGUCUAAGUGACUAAUUGAAACAACAAUUUUUGAAACUGAAACUUCAGUAUUAAGCGAGAGCAGUGCAGCUGGCAGUUGUGAAGCAGGCUGCAGUGUAACUAUUCAGAGCAUGUUCACACUGUCAAUAUACAUCCAGUGAAAGUUUUUUUUGCCACUGACAGGCUCAGAUUGUGAUUAUAAAUGUCUGACAACAUCAUGGAAAGGAUCCUUACAUUUUUGUUAGAUAGUGUUUAACCAGAAAAAGACCCCAAAUCACCAUCACCAAACACACCAGGCUCCAUUUAAAUAAACAGUAAUUUUAGCAUGUAUAGAGCCAGCAUAUUUUCACAUCAGCUUUGUGAAUUUAGGGUUCAUUUCAACCAGACCAGAGCUGGUGAUUGUUGGAGCAGUGGAAAGACGAGCCAAGACGGCUUUUGUGAGUUUUUCAUUUUCAUAAAAUGAACAAACCUGAAAUUGGCCACAUGAUAUACCGAAUGCUUACCUGUUUGGAGUCCACUGCCAAACGUAGAAUUUCACCUCACUGAAGCUUUUGAGUAAAAUCCUCCCAAACCUCACACAAGUUUUUUUUUUUGUCAGAUCAUAGAAAUAAAUACAAAUGAAUGAAUAAAAAAAAAUACUUUGAGAAGCUGCAGUCGGAGAGCUUCUGUCUGAGCAGAGGUGGGAACACUGAUAUUGGUUUUCGUGUUAGAUGUAAUCAUAUGGGGACCAAAAAUAAACUGACACUGGGCAGUAUACCCCAUGAGACGGGCAUUCACCUGUAACACUAGAACCUCCACCCAGACUGAAGGCCAUUUUAAAUCCUAUGAAAUAUAGUAUAUGCUUUAGGAGGUCCCUUCAUCAACUGAGCUCUAUGUGAAUCUGACAGUAAAUCAGUUCUACGCUUCCCUCCCAUCGAUAUUUAUUACUACCUUUAUAUUUACUGCAAUCUGAGUAUUAUUGUUGUAAUUAUAGUUUUGCUAUUAUUUUCUUUGAUAUGACGACAUAUGUCUUUGUAAAUGUGACCAAAAAAAGAGGAUGAGCAAGUCAGUGUUACACAGUUUGAGUUUUAAAAGUAUGAUUCUUUAUUUACAAUUUCUAAAACAAGACUCAAAGAGAAAUGAUCCGACAAACAGUUUUGCAUUUAUGUACAUUAUGAUGUAAAUGUUGACAAUCCACCUGCAAAACUCAUCACAUGUGGGAUGCAACCACUGUCACUGACACUGUUUUGUGUGAUUUGUGCCACACAGGAACAGGGCAUGAAAACACAGCAUUAACAUUUCAGUUUGACAAUCAUCUCUGUCCUGGAUGGAGCACGCAAUGUUCCUGAUCUGUUCCACUUUGACGUUUUACCAUUGUUGUUUGAUUCUGUUGUGGGCAGGACAUGAGAGUCUGAUAAAACUUUUUCCAAAGUAUAAUCCGUGUGGAAAGUUUGCCCUGUUUGUCUUUUGAAAACCUCUGUUAGCUGGUCCCACUCUUCAACAGCUCAGUGAUGACGCAAACACCUGUAAACAAACUUCAGUGUCUCAAACUUCACCCUGCUGCCAUUGACCUACAGAGAGAAAAACGAAAACACAUUUAAAACAGAGGGACACUGGCACCAACUAAAAUGUCAAAGUUUCACCAAGAUAAAAGA